AUUGCAAACCCUGUUAGAAGGAGGAAGAAGAGCGUGUUGUUUGUUUGGAUUUUUGCAGGCACAAUGGGGACCUUUUCUAACUUUGUCGUUAUUUUAGGACACUUUGUCCUUCUUUCUUCAACAUUAGCUUCGUCUGAUGUGUUCAACAGCGUGUUGGGAAACACAGCAUCCUGUCACAAGUCGUGUGAAAUGACAUACAGUUUGCACACGUAUCCGUCGGAGGACGAACUGUACGCCUGUCAGAGAGGUUGCCGUCUGUUCUCCAUUUGUCAGUUUGUUCGUGACAGUGAGGAUCUGAAUCAGACCAAGUCUGAAUGUGAAUCAACCUGUCGUGAGGCCUACUCUCAGACUGAUGAGCAGUAUGCAUGCAACCUGGGCUGUCAGAACCAGCUUCCAUUUGCUGAGAAGCGAAAUGAACAGCUGGAAGCCAUGAUGCCAAGAAUUCACCUGCUCUACCCCCUGAGUUUUGUGAGAGGAAUUUGGGGAGACAUCAUGAAUCAGGCCCACAGCUUCAUAACCUCUUCAUGGACUUUCUACUUGCAGGCUGAUGACGGCAAAAUUGUAAUUUUCCAGUCCGAGCCACAAGUCAGGUUUUUCUCCCUGUUCGAUGCAGAAAAAGAAGAGAAAGAGGAGCCACAGAGAAGCUUGCCCAGCUUUGGCAGCCCAAUUUACAAGGAUUACCAGGCAUCUUUCAUCCAGGAGAGGGACAGAGAUUUAACUGGAGACCGCAGCUACGAUGACGAUUACAACCUCUUCAGCUGUCUUUCAAGAAACUCUUGGCUACCAGGCUAUAUCCUCACCACAACCCUGAUCCUGUCUGUGCUGGUCCUCAUCUGGAUCUGCUGUGCAACUGCUGCAACUGCUGUAGACCAGUAUGUACCUGCUGAGAAACUGAGCAUCUACGGAGACAGAGAUUACAUAAACGAACAGAAGCUGAUUCCUUACCCAGCAUCCUCCCUGCUGAUCAUCACCUCCAAAGACCAGGAGGAAGAGGCUGGGCCGCUACCUCCCAAAGUGAACCUGGAUCAGUCCAACAUCUAGAUGCCAAAGAUGUAGCAAAAAAAAAAAAAAAAAGAAAAGGGAUUUCCUCCUCUCUGAAUAGUCUUAGAUGAUUUUUAUCCUCUGGCACUAGACCUGUGCUUCUUGUGGUCUAAUCAGGAGUAAACCUGCAGCACAUUUUGAUAUGAUGCAUCGUUCCCCUUUUUAAGCUUUUAAAACUGGAAUGAUGGAAGGGUGAUUUUUCUGUAUAUUGGUAUGAUUGAGGCAUUAAAGGGAUGGCAGAAAUAUAGGGACUGGGGCUUUCCCUACUUUUUGAUUUGUGCUUUAGUUGUGUGGUUAUGUGCUUAUUUUAUUAAAUCACGUUUAAAUGAAUUAUUUGUGUAUUUGAAGUGAUCCAGGCUUAACCCCAACUUGUGAAAAUAUGGCUGUCACCCAGUUUGUUCUUACAUUUCUACUGCAGCCAGGUGAUAUUGAAUUUUACUAUAAAUUUCAUGCUUUAAAUUUUAAUUUAUAGUGAUGGUACAAACGGUAAGUCUUUUUCUGCUUCAUUGAUGUCUGUUUACCUAAUGAUGGGUCAGAAUUAAAUGCAAUAAAGUGAA